GAAGUCGUUUAAAAUUGCGCACCGCGAAUGUCGGUGUUUCUGAGACACACGGUAUAAGUCAUCUAUAUAUGUAUCAUGUGACGGGGCCGACGUGACUUGCUUAGUGACAAUCAUGGCUGGGACAAAUCCUUAUAAGAAUUUGUUAAAAUCCAUCAAAAUCGGAUUGAAAGACUACGAGUAUUAUGAUAUUGGCAGUUUUGGCACAAAAUAUGACAGGCUACCAUUUUCCAUUCGAGUUCUUUUGGAAAGUGCUGUACGUAAUUGUGACAACUUCCAAGUAACAAAAACUGAUGUUGAGAAAAUUUUGGAUUGGGAAAAUAAUCAAUCUCUUCAAGAUGGAGUUGAAGUGGCUUUUAAGCCGGCAAGAGUUAUAUUGCAGGACUUUACUGGAGUACCAGCAGUCGUGGAUUUUGCUGCCAUGAGAGAUGCUGUGAAGAGACUCGGCGGUAAUCCUGAUAAAAUUAAUCCAAUUUGUCCAUCGGAUCUUGUAAUUGAUCAUUCGAUACAAGCUGAUUUCACAAGGAGCAAUGAUGCCAUAAAAAAGAAUGAAGAACUUGAAUUUGAGAGAAACAAGGAACGCUUUAUGUUCCUCAAAUGGGGUGCAAAGGCAUUCAAAAAUAUGUUAAUUGUACCCCCUGGAAGCGGUAUUGUGCAUCAAGUGAAUUUAGAGUAUUUGGCAAGAGUUGUGUUUGAUUCCAACAAUAUACUGUAUCCUGACAGUGUAGUUGGUACUGAUUCUCAUACUACUAUGGUCAAUGGUUUGGGUGUACUUGGAUGGGGAGUCGGUGGUAUUGAAGCAGAGGCUGUUAUGCUUGGCCAAGCAAUUUCUAUGUUAAUACCAAAAGUUGUAGGAUAUAAAUUGGAAGGUGUACUAAAUCAAUAUGCCACAUCUACUGAUCUUGUUCUAACUAUUACAAAAAAUCUUCGACAAGUUGGAGUAGUUGGAAAAUUUGUUGAAUUUUUCGGACCUGGCGUAGCACAACUUAGCAUUGCGGAUCGUGCUACCAUUUCUAAUAUGUGCCCAGAAUAUGGCGCAACUGUAGGCUUUUUCGCAGUAGAUGAACAAAGUUUAGCAUAUCUCAAGCAAACAGGUCGAUCCAAGGAACAUAUUGAAAAAAUUAAGGAAUACCUCGAUAGCGUACGCAUGCUACGGAAUUAUGACGACUGUAGCCAAGAUCCAGUCUUCUCCGAAGUGAUCACUUUGGAUUUGAACACUGUAGUUUCGAGUGUCAGCGGACCUAAGAGACCUCACGACAGAGUUUCAGUGUCUGAUAUGCAAAUAGACUUCAAAAAUUGUCUCGUGAACAAGAUAGGCUUCAAAGGCUAUGGUUUAACCCCAGCAAAAGUAAAUUCCGUGGGGAAGUUUAAUUAUGAAGGAAAAGAGUACGAAUUGAAACAUGGCUCAGUAGUCAUUGCAGCUAUUACCAGUUGUACGAAUACUAGCAACCCUAGUGUUAUGCUUGGAGCAGGCCUUCUUGCUAAAAAAGCGGUGGAAGCUGGCUUGCACGUCGAGCCCUAUAUAAAAACAUCAUUGUCACCUGGCUCUGGAGUUGUUACUUAUUACCUCCAAGAAAGCGGUGUGAUUCCGUAUCUAACGAAGUUAGGAUUUGAUAUCGUGGGUUACGGAUGUAUGACUUGUAUUGGAAACAGUGGCCCGCUUCCCGACAGUAUAGUCGAGGCUAUUGAAAAGAAUGAACUUGUUUGCUGUGGAGUUCUGUCAGGCAAUAGAAACUUUGAAGGCAGAGUUCAUCCAAACACUCGGGCGAAUUAUUUAGCGUCUCCGCUUCUAGUAAUAGCCUACGCCAUUGCUGGUACUGUGGACUUUGAUUUUGAAAAGCAGCCACUGGGUCACAAAGCCGAUGGCACUCCGAUAUUUUUGCAAGAUAUCUGGCCAACCAGAACGGAAAUUCAAGCCGUCGAGCAGAAAUAUGUCAUCCCAGCAAUGUUUAAAGAAGUCUAUAGUAAAAUCGAGUAUGGCAGUAGCAAUUGGGCAAGCUUGGUAGCACCUGACGGCAAGCUAUACCCGUGGGACACUAAUUCUACGUACAUUAAAAAUCCACCUUAUUUUGAUGACUUACAAAAGGAGCUGCCUCCAAUAAAAUCUAUCGUGAAAUCGCGAGUGCUCGUAAAUCUUGGAGAUUCUGUUACAACUGAUCAUAUUAGUCCGGCAGGCAGUAUCGCCCGUAAUUCAGCAGCGGCAAGAUAUCUAGCUAAUCGAGGCUUGACACCAAAAGAUUUUAAUUCUUACGGUUCACGCAGAGGAAACGAUGCCGUGAUGGCGCGAGGUACAUUCGCUAACAUUCGUCUCGUGAAUAAAUUCAUUGGUAAAGCGGGACCACGAACAAUUUACAUUCCAACUAAUGAAGAGAUGGAUGUAUUCGAUGCGGCCGAGAAAUACACGAAAGAUGGGACGCCUCUGAUCGCUCUAGUUGGCAAGGAAUAUGGAUCUGGAUCUUCCAGAGAUUGGGCCGCCAAAGGACCGUAUCUACUCGGUAUUCGAGCUGUUAUUGCAGAGUCGUAUGAAAGAAUACACAGGUCUAAUCUUGUGGGUAUGGGCAUUGUUCCACUACAGUACCUUCCCGGAGAAAACGCAGAAUCCUUAGGAUUAACGGGUUACGAGCAAUACGAUAUCGCGAUUCCCGCAAAUUGCCAACCCGGAGAAAAAAUCACUGUGAAUACGGAUAACGGAAAGAAAUUCGAAGUAAUCGCACGAUUUGACACGGAAGUUGAUUUGACUUACUUCAAACACGGUGGGAUUCUCAAUUACAUGAUUCGAACGAUGCUUUGAUGUAUUAUAUAAAAAAAUUAAUAUAAAAAACCCUCUUGGAAGGUUACUUAAUGAGAUACUUAAUUAAUUGGUUUUGGGACAUAACAUGUAUCUCUUUUAAGAUUGAGUUUUAAAUAUGCGAAAAAAAUGUAGAAGCAAGGAUAUAUUUUACAUGCGCUAUCGUAUUUAAUGGCUUUCAUCUAAAAUGAUUAACAUGGCAUUUGCAAUAUUUGUGUACAACACGUCAUUAAUUAAUAUAUUUAUUUCAUAAUAUUAAAAAUGUUUAUUAUAUUAAGAUUUUGCGCUGUAUAGUCUUAUAGUGGAAGUAGUUCAAAGUUAAACAAAGCGAAAAGUUUAUUAAUCCAAAAAACUCUGCUACCAUUGUUUUAAAAAAAAUUGUUUUUUUUUAUAUUUUAUAAUCUCUCGUUGUAUGUAUUAUAUAUAUGUAUGGGGAACAUUAUAUCGUCUUCGCUUUUAUGUAUUCAUCGCAAUAAUAAUAAUAAAUUAUUGCAAUACAA